GUAUAAUUUUGCCAGAUAAUAGCGGCAUUACUUACUGAAUCCCUACAACUGGUAAAAUGGAAACAGAACGUAUACGUAUCCGCGACAAAGAUCGCAUCCCGGCCCGUUUGGUGCUAUACUUUCUGUCGUGGUCCGGGUUUCUGGUGUCGUUCGUAAUGCGCAACGACAUCAACUUUGCCCUGGUGGCAAUGGUACAGGAUCCCAGCUCGAAUGCUACCGGUAACGAUCACUGCAACACUUUGGCCAGCUCAAUGCCCAGGCUGGAAGAGGGUGACGAUUACAACUACACGAUGGCGAUGGCCAACGCAACCACAACCGUACUACUGGACGGGCCUGCAUCAAUCGAUGACAUCAAGUUUGACUGGGACUCGACCGUGCAGGCAGUGAUUAAAUCGUCCUUCUACUGGUGUUACGUACUCUCGCAGGUGGUUGGUGGUGUGGCAACGCAGUAUUUUGGCACCAAAAAUGUGUUCGGUUGGUCCCAAUUCCUUACCGCUGCUUGCAGUUUGCUUAUUCCGCAUGCUGCCGACUUGCAUUACGGUGCCGUAAUCUUGCUGCGAUCGGUGCAGGGUUUCGCCAGUGGGCUUACCUGGCCGGCCAUGUACGCCAUCGUGGGCUACUGGAUACCGCCAGUUGAGCGGAGCCGUUUCAUGAGCAGCUUCCAGGGCUUCAGCAUAGGGAUAGGCUUAACGUACCCAUUGUGCGGGUUUAUCAUUGCUCAUUUCGGAUGGCGUCAGGUGUUCUAUACGACCGGUACGAUCGGAAUGGUUUGGUGUGUGUUCUGGUACCUGCUGGCGUACAACACACCCCAAGAACAUCCACGCAUUACGCCGGAAGAGCUGGAAUACAUCGAGCUGAACGUUAGCGAGGACAUCAAGAAUGGACAAGGGAUGCGUGUACCGUGGCGACGCAUCUUCACCUCGAUGCCAGUGUGGGCCAUCGGAUUAACCACGUUCGGGCGCAUCUGGGUACACUACACAUUCAUCAUGUCCGGACCGGAGUAUAUGCAAAAGAUCUUCUGCUUCGAUAUACAGCAGAAUGGACUUCUUUCCGGUGCGCCAUUCCUCUGCUCUUACCUGUCCUCCGUACUGUUCUGCUAUGUGGCGGAUCUGCUGAUGGAUCACAAGACGCUAACGCUCACCAACGUUCGCAAACUGUUUACGGCACUGUCGCAGAUUGUGCCAGGCGUACUGGUAUUGCUGGUGGGCUAUCUUGGCUAUCAGAUCGUGACCGUACUGAUACUGUGGUUUGUUGCGGUAACGUUUAUCACGGCGUCCUAUGCAGGUGCGAUGGCAAACAUCGUCGACAUCGCGCCGAACUUGGCCGGACCUGUGUUGGCUUUUGCGCAGACUAUCCACAUGACCGCAUCCUUCCUGCAGCCACUCGUUACCGGCUUCAUGGUGACGGAUUCGCAAAACAUCAAUCAAUGGCUACACGUGUUUGGCGUAUCGUCGGUGGUGGCCAUCAGCACGUAUCUCAUCUACCAGGUGUUUGGCACGGCAGAGAUUCAAUCGUGGAAUUAUCCCGUUCCCGAUCCGGAAGUAACGUCAUCGGAUGAUUCGGCCGUGAUCGCUAAUCAGCCAAUGAUAAAGGUUGAACCAGGCCUUAAGUUUGACGACGAAGACGACGAAGAUGAUGAUUGAAUUCCUUCCUUUGCACACUC